AUGGCGGCUGGGGAGCCUCGGGGUUUGGGCAACUAUUAUUUCCGAUAUCUGCCCCAGAGGCCUUUUCCGCUUCUCACCGCCCAGGAGACCACCAGCCGGCUACGCCAAUGGUCCAUGCUGGGCAGGAUCAAGGCCCAGGCGUUCGGAUUUGACCAGACUUUUCAGGCCUAUCGGAAGGAUGAGUUCGUUAUGGCUUUUUUCAAAGACCCAAAUGUUAUUGCCAAUUUGCAGUUACUUUCAGAUUCUCCUGGACAAUGGAUUACAUUAGGAACCGAAGUGGAAAAAAUUGAAGCUGUAAAUGUCCCUUGCACACAGCUUUCAAUGGGGUUCUUUAAUCGGUUAUAUGAUGAAGAUAUUGUACGAGACAGUGGACAUAUUGUUAAGUGUUUAGAUUCUUUUUGUGAUCCUUUUCUUAUUUCUGAUGAGUUAAGAAAGGUUUUGCUAAUGGAAGACUCAGAAAAAUAUGAAAUAUUCAGCCAACCAGAUAGAGAUGAAUUCCUAUUCCGUCUUUUCAAACAUCUUUGCCUUGGUGGAGCCCUGUGUCAGUAUGAAGAUGUGCUUAAUCCAUAUCUGGAGACAACAAAACUUAUCUAUAAGGAUCUGGUGAGUGUUCGAAAGAAUCCUCAAACCAAGAAAAUACAAAUUACAUCUUCUGUCUUUAAAGUUAUAGCAUAUGAUUCUGCUGGUAUAUGCUACCCUUCAACUAAGAGUCAUGAACAGACAUUUUCCUACUUUGUUGUGGACCCCAUCAAACGUCAUGUGAAUGUUCUAUACCACUGUUAUGGUGUGGGAGAAAUGUCUUAA